UGCUGCUCGGUGACUGAUGGAAGUGACCUAACCCACCACCUAGUACCUCACACGUCCAGACAGCCGCAGAGCCGCCGGUGGCCACUUCACCGUGGGUGUGAACCAGGCACACAAUGCAAGCUAUAAGAAGAUCUGUCAGACUAGACCUUUUCUCCCCUCCCAGAUCAAUCACACACCGAGCAGCGGUAUCCUCUUCACUCAGUCGCCUCGCUCUGCCGAGACUACAGCUUGUCCAUCAUCACGCCCACCGGAGACCUCUCGCAACCAUGUCUGCUCCUACGAUCAAGUUGAACAACGGCAAGGAGAUGCCAAUUGUUGGUUUUGGUCUAUGGAAGGUCAACAACGAUACCUGUGCCGAUCAGGUCUACAAUGCAAUCAAGACUGGCUAUCGGCUAUUCGAUGGCGCCUGCGACUAUGGCAAUGAGAAAGAGGCUGGCGAGGGAGUCGCUCGUGCCAUUCAAGACGGGCUUGUGAAGCGUGAGGAGCUCUUCAUCGUCUCGAAGCUCUGGAAUUCUUUCCAUGACAAGGAGCGCGUCAAGCCUAUUGCCAAGAAACAGUUAGCCGACUGGGGUCUCGAGUACUUCGAUCUGUUCAUCAUUCACUUCCCCAUCGCCCUGAAGUACGUCGACCCAUCCGUGCGCUACCCACCUGGCUUCUUCGACGAGAAUGACAAGCUCUCGCUGAGCAAGGCGCCUCUGGAGGAGACCUAUCACGCCAUGGAGGAGCUAUAUGAUGAAGGAUUGAUCAAGGCUAUCGGCAUCUCCAACUACAAUGGCGCGCUGGUCCUCGACGUCGAGCGUUACGCGAAACACCUGCCACAAACGCUCCAGAUUGAACACCAUCCUUACCUAGUGCAGCAAGAUCUGCUCGACCUAUGCAAGAGCCGAAACAUUGCCGUCACAGCUUACUCCUCAUUCGGUCCGCAGAGCUUCCUCGAGCUGAACAUGCAAAAAGCCAAGGAUACGCCUCUGCUAUUCGAUCACUCUUCUGUAAAGAGCAUUGCGGACAAGCACGGUAAAUCGCCGGCACAGGUACUGCUAAGAUGGGCAACGCAGCGUGGUAUUGCAGUGAUCCCCAAAUCGAACAACCAGCAGCGUCUUGCGCAGAACUUGGACGUCACCAGCUUCAAUCUUUCCGAUGCUGAGAUAAAGCAGAUCUCAGAUCUGGACCAAGGACUGCGAUUCAACAACCCUCUGAAUUAUGGCGUGCAGGUACCGAUCUUCGCCUAGCCGCGCUGAAGUUGCAACCGUGGCCCUCAAUCGUUAGUGUAGACUAUGAGAUCAACACUUGAGCUGGGUGGGGGGGCGUUGAGACAGAUAGAUAGGACGGGUAUUGUUAUAUCUAGAGCAACGUCUACGAAGAAAAUGCGAUAUGCCUCGCGAUAGCAC